CGUCAACUUUGCCUUAACUAUAAACUGAAUUCAGUGACAGAAGCAGUUGCGAGACAAGUGAAGGCGAGAAGCAAGGAAGGCAACAAGGAGGAAGAACGCGUAGCACCACCACAGCACACACAAGCACAACACAGCAUCACCACCAUGUCGAAGACGGACCGGGCAAUUCGGCUCGCUGAGAAGCGGCUGAAGAUGGCGUUUGCAGGAGAAGACUUUUACGAGGCACAGGAGGUCCUCAUCUCCCUAACAAACAGGCUGAGGGCCCAGCAACAGUUUGCACGGGCAAAAGCGGCGUUGGAGGAUGGCAUGGACAAGCUUCUUCAAAAUCACAAGGACAACGCGGUGGCGCAGUUGGUAAAGGUGCACAUUGACGUGUUGUCGGAGAGCCCAGACCAUGACCCCCUGAACGCAGGAGACUAUUAUGUGCAGUUGAAUGAACGCUUCUCGGAUGAUGUCAGUCUUCUGUCGUUUCUGCGACACACCAUCGCCGCAACAACGCCGGAGGGCGGUUCCCACGGCCGCUGCCAACUCCACUUUUCCGCAGCACAAUCGUUCCUUCGCGCUGAUCCGCCCAAGGUCAAGGAAGCGCUGGAGCAGUUGGUGCUCAGCGGAUAUGAGCCUGGUCAGGCGAAGGGCGAUGUUGUCACCACCACCGUCGACGCUCUCCUCGCUGCACCGGUUGAGGAGCAAGCACUGCUUGCCUGCAAGCACGUGAUCAGGGUGGCCGCAUACACGAGCCGGGAUCUGGGCCAGGCCGUGUAUGACGCAUACGUCGAGCGGGCGCCGGCAAUGGGCCGGCCGCUGGAGUUUGCGCGGUAUGUGCUGCUGACGUUGACGCGUGACGCUGCCCCGCUCUUGACAGACCUGCGCAAAGCAUACGCAGACACCAUUGACGACGACCUCGACAAGGUGUUGAACAAAGUCGCCAAGCGGUACUAUGGCGUCUCAGACACAAAGAUGAAGCUCCCUGGCCUUCUCGGGGCGCUGUUUGGUGGUGCUGGCGGUGCCACGGCACGAUGAUAACAACCAAACCCUCUUCUCGCAGCAAACCGUCCACACACACACACGCACACACACACACACACACACACGCGCACAUACACACACAGAGUUCUUCUUGCUCGCUGCUUCGUGCUGCUUCUGCGUGCUGUUCGGGGCGAUUUCUGGUGUGCAUUUUCAACGAAAUUUCGUCAAAGCAACCGACAACAACGGCCAAACAACCAA